AUGGGAAAUACAUCUUCUCUCGAACAUACUCUUUCAUUAUCAAGUCUUGGUCAUGUUCAAGAUCCUUCGUUAUUGAAUCCACAACAAACCAUUAAAACUACUUUGAAUUCAUCCUCUACAACCAAUCAAAAUAAUAGUCAUUCCUCAUCAUCAUCAUCCCAUCCAAAUUUGGAUAUUCAACAACAAGAAAAUAUUUCCAUUGUCACUUGUAAAAUUGUACAUUAUUUAGAACAACAAAAUCGUGAUGAUACCACUCGACUCCAAUUACCCAUGAAUUUAAUUAAUUUUAUUGUAGAACCAUUGUCGUUGGAGAGUGAAUUAAGUGCUUCGUAUUUGGAUCCGAGUUGGAAGACGACUUCAAGAAUGCUUGAAAUUUAUGAAUUUUUAUGCAUGAAAUCAUCGUUCGGAAUGAAUGAAAGUGAGAACAAGUUAGUGACCUGUGUGAAGAAUAUUUUAGAAAGGUCAGCUUCCUCUAAUCAUGAAUCCAAAAUAAUGAAUGAAACUAUUCACUCUCCGAAUGGUUGUGCCUCUUCACACGAUGUUGCUAAAUCUCCCAAUAAUCAAUCAUUUUAUAGUUUUCAUGAUGCAACAUCUCCUUCAUCGAUUUUGAAUGCAAGUGAUCCAUUUGUGACAGUCACAUCACCACCUCAAACUCCAAAUUCACCACCUCAAACAUCAGAGCUUGCAUUUGUUUCAAUGACCAAUGACACCUUGUCAAACUCUGCUCCAACUCUUGAUGAAAGUAAGAAAGAUAAGAAUCAUGACUCGACAGUGAGUAAAUUGAAGAGAACAUUAACUGGAUUGAAACCAAAAUUGAAAAUGUCAACCUCACGUGACAACACUCUGUUAGUUCAAAACAACAACAACAAACUGAACACUUCAAAAAGUUCAACCACUCUUGAAACCAUGAAUCAUUCUUCGAAUCAAAAGGGAUCAUCAUUACGAAACAUGCUAAAAUCCGAUCAAACACCAACCCUUAAUCCAAGAGAUGAUGAUUCUCUCUAUUCAACAUCUCCCAGUGAAGAAAAACCAAAAAACAAACUGUUGAAACGACUUGGUUCUUUAAAGAAAAUUACAAAAUCUUCGAAUGCACUUAGUGCUCUUGUUGACGUGUCAGAUGUUCAGAAAAUGCAAAUUGCAAAUUUUGAAUUUCAACAACCAAAGCCAGCAUUGAAUCAUGAAGAAGAACAAUUAAUCUUUGAUGAAGAUGAAGAUAUAGAUUUGAAACAGUUAAAAACACAAUAUUUUGAAGAACGAAAGAAAAAACGAGAAUUAUUAACCAAUGUAACGACCUACCAAUUCAAUGAACAAGAAUUUAUGGAACAUGAGAAUUUCGAACAUGCCAAACUCAUGGAUGACAUUUUAUUUAAAAGAAUUUAUUUAAAUCCUGAAAAGUAUUCAGACACUAGAAUACCCAAUGAAUUACCAUCCUGCAUUAGAGAAAAGAUUGAAUUUGUGGCUCACCAGAGAAAUAUUGAUUUACUGAACAUCAAAAUGAUUAUUCUCGAUGGAUCCUGCAAACAAUCUCUUCUCAAAAUACUGUCACCUGUGAAAGAACGUUUGGAAGUGACCAAAGAACAUCGAAAAUACAAUAUUGGUCUACAAGUAGGACCAUGGCUUCUCACAUUCCAUGAAGAAAUUGGUUUAAUUGUUCCAAGUAAGGUCAUACCACCAUUGGAUUCUGUGUUGUAUGAUUUGGGAACACUGGAUGUUGCAACCAAUGUUCAACAAUUAUGUACAGAACUUUCGAAAAUUAUUGUGGAAUGGAAUACUUCAAGAUAUUAUUCUAAAACUCAUGCAGAUCCUCCUCCUUCCUAUUUACAGGAGGCAGCACCUCAUAGAAAAUUCAAACCAGCAAAUAAUUAUGAUUUCUUUAUGGAGCUGUUAUCAAAAUUGGGAGUUCGAGUGAAUUUGGCAGACAAUCCCUCUUUUCAACACUUUCUUUCACACAUUAAGAAACUUGGCUCGUCACCGUUUGUGUGGGUGACUGAACAAAAACAAACCAUUGUUUUCACGUCGCAUGUUGAGUUGGAUGAUUAUGUGAACCGUCUCUCAAAAAGUAGCAGUACUGCUCUCACGUUGUAUAGACCUCUGGAUUAUGAACUAUUGAAAACGUAUGAUCGAUUGUUUUGGUCCAAGUAUCUCACAUUCCCAUUGGUCUCAACCUUUGACCCAACCUUUUCCAUGGAAACCAAUUUAACUUGUCCUUUUAAGCAUCCAUUCGAUUACUAA